AUGGCGAAAGAUUCUCCGGUGCCAUCAUAUAUCUUUCAAAUUGACGAAAUUUUCGAAGAUCUGGGAGGUGCUCCUGCCCAGUAUGAUAAUUUUGGUAUCUGGCAACCUACUUCAGGUCCUCGUGCGAGUCAUAACUUCACUCCCAGGGUGGGCGCCUCGGGCAGGACCUGGCUCUGCGAUGGGUCACAGAUAUACGAAGUUGCGCUCCCUCGGAAUGCCCAGUUGUACAAGACGUUCUCCGUUUAUUAUGCUAGUGGAGGAGGAUUCUGGGUCCUGAACGGAGACGCACGCAAUCCGCCGGAUACCGAUGUUUUCCACAGACUGCAAUUCAACUAUUACACGCAGACUCCUGAAUCGUCAUUUCUGACCAAUGCCGGCCAAAACAACAUGCUCUGUGUGCAGCCCCAGGACAAUCGGGUGGCGAAAAUGCUCCUACCCGACAUAUACCACACCAACGCCGCUGCCUCAAGCCCCCAGCACGGUGGGAUUGUGGGCGAAUUGCCGAUCUUUCUGGCUCUGAUGGCGUUUACAACCUCUCGAGAAUAUCUCCCCUCUGUGCUGCCUCAUAUGUUCGCAGGAGGGAACUGGAUAACCACGCACACUUGGCAGUUUGCCAGGACCGAAGGGCGUGGUGUUGUCGUCAAAGUGUACAAUUGUCCCGUGGACUUUCCGGCACACAACCCCAGAGGCUCCACAUCUACGGACCUUUACAACUAUGAGAUGGGCUAUACUGCCAAGUACUUUCGCUAA